GUGUUUUUCCGUGAUACGGGCCCUUUAACCCUACUGGGUUUUAAAGCGUCAGGUUAGGACAGACUCAGGUGACGUACCCACAGGCUCUAUUUGUGCCAUAGUCGGCAUCCUUGUUUCUUUAAAUGAGCUCAUUUGCUUAUCUAUAGCAGUCAGGCUAGAUUAAACGCACAGCGCUGUUUAGUUAUAUGAAUGAAUGCAUUUAAACUUGCAUCUGAAAAGUUCUUCUCCACCAUGUUGGUCGGGCUAGUCUUAAACAAAUCCAUCCACUCUGAUUGGUCUUUGUGCAAAGAUGUAUUAGCAUAUUGAUGGGCGGUUUCAUUCUACAGUGAUAUGGGUUUGAAAGAAGCUCAGAACGAGCAGCCACCUAACUGACCUUUUGAGACUUUGAUGGUCUAAAUGCAAAUGUAAGGAGUGAAAAAAGCCCCCCCCUGUUGGGUAAGAUAUAAUUAUGUCAGUAAUAUUUAAGUACAGUAACAAGUAGACUAAAGUAUUCAUCACGUCUGUUUCAUCUCAGAAACUAAGGUUCUGGAAGGUCAGAGGUCAGAAAAGUUUGGUGAGUCCCUCCUCAACACCCCUUAUCCAGUUCAUCAGUUAAUUAUCAACUCAUCACCUAAUCAUAAGUGUAUCAGAUCAGGGAAAUCGCUGCUAAUCAUAAUCAUGGUAAAAGACUGAGGUGGCGGCAGUGGCCUACUUUCAGACCCCUAACUAAAUAGCUGUGCACGAUCAUUCUCACGGCUGCCUGCUGAUUGGCCUACUCCUGCGAGUCUCUUGAGAAGAUAACAAAAUAAACAGCUGAUUAACGUGUUGCUCCUGCUUGACCCCGGUGACUGACUUGAACACUGUGUAAAUAUUAACUAGAGCCUCUUCAGUGCCGUGCUGAUCAUUCAGUGCUGUGCUGCCCAUCCGGGAGCAUAAAGGAAUGGGCAGCAUGUGACAGCCAGACAUUUUACGCGGUUUUGUUUCCUCAAAUGAUGGAGGAGCCGAAUCACAGGACGUACCUGAGCUUCAAGAUCGUGCUUCACCUUUGCUUGAGUUUUGUGGUGGUUUUAUCCAAACACAGCUCAGUUUCUCGUUCCUAUGACCAAGAUGCAUCUACACAAGAGCACUUAGAUGAGGCCUUUGAAGAGCAGGGCUACUACCUGCAGCGACUUUUCUUGGAGUACGGCAGCAACGGGACUUUGACGUAUGAGGGUCUACAGAAGCUGCUGGGCAGUCUGGGACUCGGCGAGGUCAGCGUGCUGAAUAUCAGACAUGGAGUUGUCAAGAAUUCAUCUCCAAAUCCUUCUCAUUCUCAUCCACACUCCUAUGUAGACCAUCAUCCUCAUCAGGCCUCAAGCACAGCACCAUUAAACAAACUGAGUCAACAAGAGACAUUUAGACCAAAAGAAACAAUGUCCAGUGCUGAAACCACUGUGGUCAGCAGAGCUGCUGAUCACUCACAUCCCACAGCUUCCCCUGGCACAGAAGAAAGACUCCAGGACGGCCUGUCACUGCUGUCGAGUCACAUAACAAAGAAACACAUCCAUGACAACUGUCUGAAUGUCACCCAGCUGUUGUGGAACUUUGGUCUGGGUCAGGCGUCCCACAUCACCCCAGCACAUUUCACCUUCCUGUGCCCCGCACUACUCUACCAGAUAGACAGUGGCGUGUGCCUCCGCCACACAGAGUCUGACUUGGAAGAAGUCAAAAAUAGUGUGGCUUUCCUCAAAGCUCUAGGUUGGGCCUCCUUGGCUCUAUUUGUGAUCAGCCUGCCUUCCUUGCUGGCCCUGGGACUGGCUCCUCUGAUUCCACCUUCCAACCUCCACACCUUCCUCUGCCCGAUGGCUGCCAUGGCAGUGGGCACUCUGUGUGGAGAUGCCCUGCUGCACCUACUGCCCCACGCCAGCUCUAGACCACACAGUGAUAACCAGGAUGCUGUCCUGAAAGGCCUGACCGUGCUGGGGGGAGUGUACCUGCUCUUUGUGUUUGAGAGUGUGGUGGGACUCCGACAACACUACAAGAAAUCAAGGAAAAGGAAGCAGGAUUCAAAAGUGGUUCAGGAGCUGGAGGCACUGGAGGGUUCCUCUGCUCCUGAUCAUACGGUCAGCUCUGAGUCUGGUCAUGGUCACUCUCACGCUCCGCCUGCCCAUGAAUCGUCAGGCCUCAGCAGUGUGGCCUGGAUGGUCGUCAUGGGAGAUGGGAUACACAACCUGACCGAUGGAUUGGCUAUUGGUGUUGCGUUCUCUCAGAGCCUGACUGGAGGACUCAGCACCACUAUUGCUGUCUUCUGCCAUGAGCUUCCUCACGAGCUAGGUGACCUGGCGGUGCUGCUGGCUGCAGGCUGGCCCGUACGCAGACUAGCCGUGUUCAGUGUGCUCUCGGCUCUGCUGGGCUACGUAGGAGUGCUGGGGGGAACAGUACUGGGUCAUCAAUGGGCUCAGCAUUCACCUUGGAUCCUCACCAUCACCGCUGGGGUCUUCCUCUAUGUGGCUCUGGCAGACGUGAUGCCAGAGAUGCUGCAUGGGGAACGUGGUUCGAUGGGCCCUCUCAGGCGUUUCCUCCUGCAGUGUGCAGGUCUGCUGGUAGGGGGCAUCAUUAUGCUAUGCAUUGCCCUCUUUGAGGAGGACAUUGCUCUGAGCAUUGGGGACAGAUGAGAUGAUAAACAGCAUUACUGGAACACUAUACAGGGAGUGGCACCCACACCUUCCAAGAAUAACUUUAAGAAUAUUCCAAAUGGACACUGUCACUAUAAAGCAAGGCUGCUACAAGCUGCUUCAUCGAGAGCUCGUCUGACCGCAAGCAGUUUUGAUAAGAACGUUCUGUGAAAACCGCAUAAGUUUCACUGCUUAAGUGUAAUUCUAUAAGAUCAAAUUUUAAGGAUCUAAUCUUGCAUUUUUAAACAUCUAAUCAUGUACCCAUGUAGGACCACUGUUAAGUUAGGGUUGAUUUAUUCAUAAUUAUGUGAUGACAAUCACCAUAUAAAACCUCAUGACUGGUAGUUUCAAACAUCCACUUUAUCACUGUAUAUACUUCAUGGUUUACAUGAACAGAUUGAAUAUUGUUAUAAAUAUGUAAUUUUUUAAACUAUGCAUAGUUUGAUGGGCCUUAUGUCAACCAACAAAAUGUACUGUUAUAAGGAUUUUUUGCAUGCAAAAGUUUGGGCACCCCCAGUGAAAUGGCAUUUUUUGGAUUUUCUGAGACACAUUAUGUACAGGGAACACUUAAAUAUGGCAUUUUUCUGUUCAAGUUCAUGAUGUUCAUAAUUUUAUUGAUUUUAUCAUAUUGUUGCCAAAUAUAUUGAAACUUUUGCACAGGCCACAUUUAAUUAACCCCCUCCUCUCCCCCAUUAUGUUGAAAUCAGCUAAUAAACAAUGAUUGUGCAUUAAAGAAGUUUUUUUUUUUUUUUUGAGAGAGAAUUUGCUUAUUUAUUUUCACUUAGAAAAACUUACAUAACUUACAUUACUUGCAUACCGCUGUAAUUACAUCAGCAGUGACUUAUGCAAGAAAUUACAAAAAAAAUUAGAAAUUACAAAUGGCUAGUUAUAGUUGAAAUUUAAAGGGAUUUUCCCAUCAGGGGCUUUCAGGUAAAUUUGUUCCAGAAAUCAACUUUAUCAAAUUAUCCCGAAUAAGUUCUAUUUGUUAUUAUUUAAGCAGGUUCCCAGAAACUAGAGAUUCAGUAUUUUGAUUGCCUGCCAUUUUUUUCCUGUGUAAUCUAUUUGCCUAUAUACUUCAACUGUCACUCUGUAUAUUAAAAAAAAAAAAUUACAUUUUCAUUUGAA